AUGUUGUCUCGCGGACAGGGAGCGUCCAGGAGAGGGGCUACCAGCAGAUCUCGGCGGAGGAGGAGGGAAGACAACCCGCCCGCUCCGCGGAGGAGCGCCCUGGUCGGUCCCGUGCAGAAGGUGGUGAUCAACGUCAGUGGCCUCAGGUUUGUGACGACCAUGGCCACACUGGAGACCUACCCUGACAGCCUGCUUGGAGAUAAUCGCAGGAGGAAAUGGUACUACGACGCUAACAAGAAUGAAUACUUCUUUGACAGACAUCGUCCCAGUUUUGAGGCGAUCCUGCAGUACUACCAGACGGGCGGCGUGCUGCAGAGGCCCGAGGAGGUCCCCGCGGAGGUCUUCCUGGACGAGCUGGAGUUUUACGAUGUCGGAGAAGAAACUUUACAAAGGUACAAAGAAGAAGAAGGGAUGGAGCUUCCUCCUCCAGAACUCCUGCCGCCGCCUGAAGACGAGAGGCUGAAGAAAAUCUGGCUUCUCUUCAACGAGCCGAAGUCAUCCAUCUUGGCCCAGAUCGUAACAAGCAUCUGUGUGGUCAUGAUACUGAUGAGUGUGGUGGUGACUUGCAUGGAGACCAUGCCGGAGGUGCAACAGUGGCUGCACACCCCCACCAACGGCAGCGGUGGUACCGCCUACCUUCCGGUCACAAAGAACCCGUUCUUCGUGGCAGAAACCAUCUACGUGGCCUGGUUCACUCUGGAGUUAGUGCUAGGAUUUGUGACGUGCUCAGACCGGUGCAGGUUCGUCAAGGAUUACGUCAACGUCCUGGACUUCAUCGGGAUCGUUCUGUACUUCGCGGAGCUGGGCAUGGAAGUGACUUCUUCACAUCCCACGGAUCAGAUUAAUCGGAUCGUGAGCGCGAUGUGGAUAGCACGGCUGGUCCGCAUGCUGCGAAUCGUCAAAGUCACCAGGUACUCUGGCGACAUGCAGCUCUUCUGGAAAGCAAUGACCAACAGUAUGACUGCGAUCAUCCUGUUUUUCUUCAUGACCACGGUGUUGAUGGUUUUGUUUUCCUGCGUCGUGUACUACACGGAGAUAGACGAUCCCGACACCAAAUUCACCAGCAUACCCGAGACGUUCUGGUGGGCGAUCGUGACCAUGAUCAACAUCGGGUACGGCGACUACUACCCGCGAACUAUCGUCGGGAAAAUCGUAGGCUCCAUCGCGGCUAUAGCCGGGAUCGUGGCGCUCUGCCUGGGUAUACCUGAGUUCAUGGAGUGUUACAUUCACCUGUACGAGGCCGCCAGGUAUCACAAGAGGUACUCGCAGCGGAAAAACUUCGACAUGGCGUCGUCUAAGUUCGGCGCGCUGGGGAGCUCGAAAGCCGCCCGCAAGCGGAACUUGAGCAGGAAUAGAGACAAGAACAGGACGUUUAAACUGGUUCUGUGAUGACGUCCAACUACCAGCUAGAGGCUGUGAACGCGCAGGGACCAAAUACUUGAAAGAAUUUUACAAACUACGGUUUUUAAAGUUUUCUGACCACCCGGUACCGGUCAAGGUACCGG